UUGUAUUUAUCCCUGUCAUAUGUGCAGGAUUUGAUUGGUGUAAUAUUUUUUUCGGUGGGCUUGCCACGGUUUGCUACGAUCAGAUUCGUGGCAAUCACUUUUUUUAUUUUUUUUCUGUCCGACUAAUAUAUAUUAAUAUUAAUUCUCGAUAGCCACGAUUAAAACGUAGCAAAACGUAGGAGUGUUUGCUACGAAUUGCCGCGCUAAAGAUACCCACGAUUAUUUAGUAGCAAUUUCGUGGCUAGCCCUUGCCACGAAUAUAUCUGUAACAAUUUCGUAGCAAGGUUUGCUACGUAUAUAUACGAUUUGCCACGUUUUUAUUUUUCGUAGCAUUUUGUAGGUGGAUCGUAGCUUUUAUGUUUUUGCCACGAAAUUCGCGUGGCAUUUUCGUGGCUAUGACCCUGUUUUUUACCAGUGAAAGCGAGAGCCUAGUGGUUCGUUUAUAAGUGUUUAGCUCUACAAUAUCAUGCAUGCAACAUGUUAGGCAUCUAUAGGAUUAUGUUCCUAAUUUCCUGAAUAAAAACCUUAAGUCUAGCUAUUUCCUUUUAAGCACCAAAACCUCAACCAAUCAAUCGAGCAAUUACUUGUUCAAACAACUGCAACUUUACAUUUAAAUCACUAAACCACCUUACUUAACAAAUCCAAUUAGAUUUAUUUGGUUCCCUAGCUCCUUGUAGAUUCGAUCCCUAAGUACUACAAUUGAACCUCUUAUUUGAGAGAGUAAAAUCACUCCUUAGGAUAAUGUGAGUGAUAGCAGUGUGUUGAUCGCUUCUUGGUGGCCCCCGUUUUGUCUUUCAGUUUGUUUCGCUGAUUGACGGGAUGAUCAGCGAAUGCGGAUCGGAGGUCAAGCAUCUCGCUAAGGAGUUAGAGGAGUCGAGAGAAAAGUUUUCCAGCUUGAAGGGAAGUUGAAGGUCAUCGAGGAUACUCAUUCUCUCGAAGAGGCUCGGUUUGAGUCUAGGAUCAGCGAGCUUGAGUGGGAUCUUGGGAAGACUGCAAGCUCUUUGCUUAAGGCGAAAGAGGCAAAGGCAUCCAAGUCUUCGGAGUUGCGUCGGCUGAAGCGCAAGGUCAAGAGUGGAGAGGGAUCAUCGGAUUGCACGAUCGGAGAGGCCAAGGAAGUCAUGCGCGCUGAGUUUCUGACCCGUCUGGCGAGGAUCGCUGAUUCCCUUGACUCCCUAGCGGCCAUCCACGUCCGAGAUUUGGCCUUGGCCGGGGUCGAGGGAGGGACGAACGAGGUCGGUGAGGCACCUCUGUCUCUGCGAGCCGAAGGGGCCAUGCACUACAGGAAAUGUGGGUAUUAAUAGCGUCGUAGCAUAGCGUUUUUUGCUUCUCUGCUAUUGCAUAUAAACACGGGCCUUUAUAAUAGCGUUUUUGAAAUGUAUAAGCUAUCUUUGUAGUCGCGGGAAAAUAAAAUAAUUCAGCCGCGUUAAUUUGGUAAGUGGAGGCGCCUUACCAUUGCAAAUCAAAAACUAAAUGCUAUCGUAUAUGAAAAAAUAUAUUAAAAAUAACUUAAGUAUUAAUCGAAACCGAGACUUCAUUCUCUUCACUUCACUCUCUUCACAUUCCUCAAAAUCAAAACCGACUCAUCGAAGUUCUUCAGAGUUCUCUCUAGUCGAAGCUUCAAUUGGUAUGAGUUUCGGUUUGAUUCUGAGUUUAGAAUAGAGACUGGUUCUCUCGAGUCGAAUCUCUUUGAUUUUGGGUUUCUCUUUGAUUCAAAUCUCUUUUCACAUGCAUGUCCGCGUUAACACAUGAUUCGAUUUUGAUUGUGGGUUUCGAUUAGGUUUUGAAUAUGAUUGUGGGUUUCGAUUAGGUUUUGAAUAUGAUUGUGGGUUUCAGUUUGAUUUUGAAUAUGAUUGAAGGUUUCGAUUUGAUUUUGGGUUUAGAUUUUUUGAUCGAAUGGCUUGAUUUGAUUUUGGAAUUGUUUAUCAGUUUCAGAAAUGGCAAAGACAAGAGGACAAGUUGGUUCUCGUCGGAGUAGACGUAAUCAAGGCUUGGAGGUAGUAGAUCAAGAGGACAAGGAACCGCAACUAAAAGUGAAGAAAAGAACAGCAAAGAAAACAGCUUCCCCUAAAAGAAUUUAGUUUUAACGCCAACGAGAAGAAGUAGUAGAAUCAAGAAAGUGGCUUCUGAAGAUGAUUACAUAGAAGAUGUAACACCAUCUGACGAUGAUGAGGUAGAAGAUGUUACACCUCCUAAGGAUGAUGAAGUACAAGAUGUAACACCUACUCAGGAUGAUGAAGUAGAAGAUGUAACACCCGAAGAUAAGGAUGAUCAGGCUGAGAAGUCAAUGUCUGAAGAAGAUAAAGACGAUGAAGAGGAUGUCAAUGGGAAAGAGGAUGAAGAAGAUGGCGAUGUCAAUGGGAAAGAGAAUGAAGAAGAUGGAGAUCUCAAUGGGAAAGAGAAUGAAGAAGAACCGGCCAAUAUGGAAGAUGAUGGAGUUCUUAAUGAGAAAGGGAACGAAGAGGAAGCUUGCGAAGAAGAAGCUCGCGAUAUGGAAGAAGAUGGCACUGCGCAAGAUGAUGAGAUUCCUAGUACUGAAGGAGUUGAGCUAGCAGGGGAGGAAGUUCAAAAAAAAAUAAAAGAGGACCUACAAAGUUGCGUAGAGUGGCUGAAAAUCCCAAUGAUAAGAUUAUGGUCACAUUCAAUGACAUUGGUGAGCAUGUUGGACCUGGUUCAGUAACCCUAUCGUCGUUUCUUGGUCCUCUUGUGAGGGAACAUGUUCCGGUUACACUUGCCGAUUGGAGAAAACUUGAUGCAGCGACUAAAGCAACAAUGUGGGAAGAAAUUCAGGGGAGGUUUAACUUGCAAGAAGAGUGGCAGAAAGCUGUUAUUUUCAAGCAGCUGGGAAAUGUGUGGAGGGCUGGGAAGUCGAGGCUGGUGUCACAAGUACGUGUGGCGAAGACUGCAGCUGAGAGAAUAGCUUUAAAACCGAGCAACAUCCCAUCCCUUCAACUGUGGAACACUUGGGUUAAGAGUAAGACUACCAAAUCUUUCACAGUGAGUUAUCUACAACUAAGUAAGUUUCAUCCUUAAAGGUCAUGUCUGAUGGAUAUAAUCAAUGUCAUAUUUAUAUUGUAGGAAACGAGUAACAAGUACAGAGCGAUGAGAAGAAAUCAGAUUCCUCACACCACCAGCCGCAAAGGAAUGCUUCGUUUAGCUGAUGAUAUGGUAAAAGAGUAGUCAAACAUCUACAUAUUGUACAUCAGCUUGUUAGAUUAAAAUGGUAGUGAGAUAUGUUUGUUUUCAUAUAGAAAAAAAAGAGUAAAGACCCAAGUAAGGUGAGUAGAUCCAAGGUUUGGAUUGCGGGACACACUCAUGCUGAUGGCAGACCUGUGAAGCCCCAGUUUGCUGAGACUAUUGUAAGCAUUAUGGAAGUUGUAUAUUGUGUAUAGUUAAUAGACUAUGGCAAUGAAUGAUUUUGUGUUUAAAUGAUUGUAUCAGGAACAAAUACAGUCACUUGACAGUCGGAUGGACUCCACAUCAGCUGCUGAUAACAUAAGGGAAGAUGCUGUGAGCAAGGUUUUGGGAAAAGACAAACCUGGACGAGUAAGGGGCUUUGGUAGAGGGAUUACAGCUAAUAAGCUAGCAUAUCUGCAAUUUAGAGACGCUAAGAUUGCAGAAAUGAAAAGUGAGAUUGAAGAGUUAAAGGGGAUGGUGCGAGAAUUAGCUGAGAAGAAGAAAAGUAAUGUUGAUGCUGAAACAUCUGAGAGUAGUGGUGGAUUCAAAGAAGGAGUCAGAGUACAAAUACUGGAUUGGAUUGAAUCAGAGGAUGUUGUUGUUGGUGAAGGAGAAUUCUGCUCUGCUGAACCGAAGUACAAAAUUGGUCGUAUACCAAUUGGUCCUAAUGCAGUGGCUAUCGUAGUUAAGUAUGCACUAAGCGCAUCAGCUUCACUCUGGAGGCCUACUACGGAUGUGUUAACUCUUGAUGAAGCUGUGGGAUACAAGAUAUCUUGGCCAAUGGAUAAAGUGAUUUUGGAUAAGGAUCCAAACUGUUCUGAAGAUUUAUCUAUGCAAAGCAAGGAAGGUGAAUAUCGAAGAUGCAAGAUAUAUGAUUGGACCAAUGAUGAGGACGAGGUCAUUGCUGAAGGUCUCGUGUGCUCUUCAAAAUCCAAAGACAUGGUUAACAACAUACCUCUGGGUCCCAAUGCUGUUAGUGUCGAAGUAGUGAAGGUGUUCAAUGAUCAAGCAUAUUUGUGGAGGCCAACCGCUGAUAUGUUCUUGAUUGGUGAUGCACUUAGCGAGAAAAUAGCAUGGCCAGUCCUAAAGGUUGAAGUCAUGCCUACACCCGCUACAGAAGUAACACCAACUAAAUGUGCAGGGAAGAAAAUAGCAUCACCUUCGAAGCCAGCCAAGAAAAAAGCAGUGAGUCCAGGCAGCACUAGUUCGACCAGAAGUCCGAAGCAGAAGUGCACUCUCUUGGAUUGCAACAACUCUGGACGUAAGGUAGCUGAAGGAAGGGUAGCUUCAACGGAUCCGAAUGAGUUGUGCCACUUUGUACCCCUAGGUCCAAAUGCAAGCAAGGUGUGGAUUGAUGUGGCUAAGAUCGGUGAUGCAAAAGUCUGGAGGCCAAAUUCAGAGAUUGAAUACAUAUCUGAUGCAAUGGGUUCGGUUGUGGCAUGGCCAAAUGACAAAAUCAAGUUUGUCUAAAAUUGUCGUCUGAAACAUUUUUCAAGUUGGUUCUCAUCGGCUAUGUAUUUCUAGUGUGUGAUCGAAUGUUUAGGUACUUUUUUACUCGGUUGAAAUCAUGUACGAUAUUAUGUAACAGUUAGCAGAGAAAAAAACAAAAAUUAUGUGUUAUAUUAUGAUAUAAGGUUAUGUGUGAAAAUGUUUAGCUUGUUAACCCCUAUACCCUUAAGUGCAUAAUUUUACAUUAAACCAUAAGCUUUAAAAAUUAAAUCCACAGACGGGAAGACCAAAAAUUAAAAUC